GAUCACCUCUACAACGAAGGUUUUACCUAGUGUGCUUUUCACGAGUACAGCGUACUCGACUACUCUCUCUCUCUGUCUCUCUAGUCUCUACCAUUGAGGCACUCUGAAUUCGCCAUUGAAGCUGCUUGUGAGCUUUCUCUCAUCCAUAAUCCAUUGAAGCAGCUUUCUCUCUUCCUCCCACGCUCCUUUGUUUCUCUGUCUCCCCUUCUUUCUCACGCUCCUCUCUUCCUCUUUUACUCUUCCUCUGCUCAGCCACCGCAUCCCAGCUGGCAGCACCCUCCGCCCUCUGUCAGUUCGUCUAGUUUUCCACCUUUUAAAUUCAGGGGUUAGUAUGGAUUACAGUAGAAGGCGUGAUUUUUUGUUUUGUGGCUCGUGUGGAACGUUGUUGUCAUUGGAUUCAACUAGGUAUGCUCGGUGCCCUUUAUGCCGUACAAGGAAAAGCCUCAAAGAGGUUGAAGGAAAGGGAACAUGUUAUACCGCUUCAGGAGAGGAUAUUAGAAGGGCAUUACAAAUGGAGCCAUUCGUGAAGGUUGAUGGAGUAAUGUCCGGUGACGUGAAAGUGCAAAGACAAGAGAUUAACCAGCCCUGUGAAAAGUGUGGACGCAGCCCUGUUGAGCUGGUUGAUUCAAGACAAACGAGAUCAGCAGAUGAAGGACAGACUAAUUUCUACGAGUGCCCUUCAUGUCGACACCGAUGGAAGGAGAACUCUUAGCUGUUUUAUUUUUUCUGUUUUGGUAAGAUGGGGGUAUAUUUUGGAAGCUACAUUGUUGGUUGUCUUCUUGGAGCCAUUAUUUGGUAAUUUUGCUUGAAAAAGUAACUAGUUAAUUGUUAAAGAGGGUGGUUUGUUAAUUUGUUUUAGUUUUUUUUUUUUCCAUUGUUAAUUUGGAUUUGUGUUUUACCUUGCGAUUUAUACUGUUUGUGUACUUCGUAUUCUUGUGGCUAUGUGACCGACUGGCUCGAUCAGUUUGGCACAUGGGUUGUAACCUUCCGCAGCAAGUUCGGAACAUUGUGCAACAGCUAGUUUAUGUACUAUUACAUUUUCUGAUUUUUCCAUGUUUUUACAUCUUUAA